AUAUUCUGUUUGCGCAUGCGCAGGACGGGUCCUGCUUCCGGUGACAACCAGGAAGUGAAACAACAGCAGAAAAACAUGGCUUCAAGGUUACUGCUUCGCAGCGCGUUCAGAGCCGCAACCAGCCGGCCGGUUGCCCGGACUCCCGCUGCUGUCCGGGGGAUGGCUGCUGGGGGUAUCCCCACUGAUGAGGAGCAGGCCACCGGGCUGGAGAAGAUCAUCAUGAAGGCCAUGAAGGAGGGAGCCAAACGCACCUCACUGUGGGAAGCCAUUGAAGAGAGUCACAAAAUGACCUUUGACCUUCUCUUUGUAGGUGAAGAAGACAACACAGCAGUGGUCUGGUUUUGGCUUCAUGAAGGUGAGGUCCAUCGCUGCCCAUCCUGUGGCUCCCACUACAAGCUGGUGCCUCAUGAGCUCCCCCACUAACCUGCAGCCUGGUGCUGAUGGGGCUUCAUCCUCAUGGCUGCUGCACACUCCUGCACCAUUCAGCCCAUCUUACUGCAGCAGUCCUUCCUCUUCAAGAACAUUGGGGCUGUCAUCCCCACCCUGUGGAGCGCGUGAUGGGCUCUGUGUACAGCCUGCUAUGAUGACAGUUGUUUUAUUUUACUAUUUGACCUCACCAGUCUUUGCUUUACAUGUUCCAUUUACAUUUAUUCCAAUGUGCUUGGAAUAUCAGCCAGUUUACUCCUAUAUACGUAUUUUACGCUGUCAUAAUGGGUCCACUUAUCUGUUGUUACUUGUUAAUGUUAACCAAUAAACAUUAAGAGCUAAUUAUCA